ACUUCCCCGGGGACAGCAUCCUCACACGUACUGUCAUAAUGGAGGUCGCGCUGGAAUGCAAUUAUCAGAAUGCUCUGGGCCUGUUGAGAUCUCGGAAACGAAAAGGCCGGCCUACAAAAGUCGCAGAUCGUCUUCCAAACAGAGACACGGGAAUUCACUUGGGGAUACUGAGUCUCUAUGGCAUGGGAGAUUGGUUGCGAAUACUAGGCCAUUCUGACAGCGUAGUCAACAGCCUCAACGUCGUACAUAUCGCAGGAACUAAAGGCAAAGGAAGUACCUGCGCUUUCACUCGCUCCUUCCUUCGUACACACGGGGCAAGGACAGGCUUCCCCCAAAAGAUCGGGCUAUACACAUCCCCCGAUCUGCGCUAUAUCCGAGAAAGAAUCCAAAUCAACGACCAGCCAAUCACGGAACAGCAAUUCGCGCAGUACUUCUUCGAGGUAUAUGAAAAGCUUAUAGACCCCUACCUGACUGAAGAAGAAUCACCUGCACAGCCACGGUAUCUCCAGUUGCUGGCCCUACUGGCCUUCCAUACUUUCAUCAGAGAAGGGGUGGAUGCAGCGAUAUUUGAAACACACUCAGGAGGAGAAUACGAUGUCACAAACGUGGUCCAAAAACCCGUCGUGACCGGAAUCACCUCCCUUGGAUUCGACCACGUCAUCCAACUAGGCCAAAACCUCGACAGCAUUGCCUGGCAUAAAGCGGGGAUCUUCAAGGCCGGAAUACCUGCCUUCUCCGUCCCACAGGAUGAACCCGCCGCUGAAGUCCUAUACGAGCGCUCCAUCGAGAAAGGAACCACCGUCACCUUCGUCCCUGUUAACAAGUCUCUCCCCAUGGAUGCAAAGAACCUCAGCGUUCCAGUACAGCGCGUGAACUGCUCCUUGGCCCUGGAGCUGGCCAGAACAUUCAUCAAAUCGAAAGCCCCGCACCAAACAUUAGAAACAUGCGACAUCAUCCGCGGCAUCGACGAUUUCCAAUGGAUGGGACGAUUUGAAAUCAUACAAGAUGAAAUGAACACCUGGUUCUUGGACGGGGCACACAAUACCAUGAAGGACCUCGCCCGGGCGCUUUCCAAACAUAAAACGAUCCCAGAUCGUGUUAUCAUCACGACGAAUCAACCGAGAUUGGAUGGGACAUCGAGAUUUGACAAAAAUGUCAAAAUACCCAAAGUACCUUUCUCCGAACUAUAUUCUGAUUAUGCUUCCCGCUGGAAACGACCAACAGUCGAGGGGGCCAUACUACUCGCCAAAGAAAUCAGUAAUCAGAGACGUGGAGCGCAGAUUCUCGUGACGGGUAGUAUACAUUUGGUCGGCGGUGCACUUGAUAUUCUGCGACCGCAGCCUUAG